CCGAUCUUUCACGAGCUCAACUACAAGAUUCCAACACACAAUCUGAACCAUUUAACAUCUACCAUUGGCAAUAUGAAUUGAGCACAGAAUGGUUGGCGUUCCUCGAAGCACCGGCUGUGGGACAUGUGUGAAGAGGCGUAUUAAGUGCGAUGAAGGAAAGCCCCAGUGCGAAAACUGUCUCAAGUACGGCAGUCCAUGCCCAGGAUACGAUAGAGAACUUAAAUUUAUAACCGGGAAACCACAUCGAACGAAGAGAAGCUCAAAACCGAAUAAAUCAAAGUCUCCUCAUAGUGAUGCCCAAACGAGAUUCACCCCAGAGUCUCUUAUCAGUUCGUCCUCAAUUUCAUCAAGAUCAUCUCAUAGUAGUGAAAUACCAACCAUAAAGCAAGAAUGGUCUAAUGACAUCACUGCGCUCGAACCUUUCGAUGAGAAGCUAUCCAGAGAGAAGUGUCAUCGGCCAUUUUUGGAUCUCAUUUAUUCAUUAUGCGCAACACUACCUCCGCAGAAGCAGUAUCAACUGCAGCUGAUCAGCUCCCUGUGCGAGAAUUUGCCGACUACGAGGAGUAGUGAAGAGAUACAGAUGAUAUCAGGUUAUUUGAUGCAUCUACCAGCGCAUUUUGGGAACUCGAGAGCGCUAGAUGCAGCCGCUGUAGCUUUUGCUGCACAACAGAUAGGCACCAUCUGUGGCGACAAGCAGAUGAUAGGCAGGGGACGAGAUGCCUAUGUUCGUGCAUUAUCCUGCCUGCAAAGAGCGCUGAAUGAUCCUGCGGAAGCUACGCGAUCCGAGACAAACUCAUCUGCACUUCUAUUGUGUAUUUAUGAGCUUUUUGCAGGCACUACAGCUUUCAACGUCUGGAUGAAGCAUGCUGCGGGUUUGUCAAAACUCAUCCAGCAUCGCGGUGCAGACAGCUUCCGAAAUGAUCAUGAUAUAGCGAUACUUCGUGCUUGCCGCGGUGUCAUUAUAAUGGAUUGCAUGUUUUCGGGAAAAGAAGUCUUCUUCAACCAAAAUACAUGGCGAGAAGUGACCCGAGCUCAGAAGCCAGCGCACAUGGACGACGAUUUCCAUCAAUUCUUCGAGCGUUUUAUGGAGUUGAUGGCUGAACUCGCAGAGUUAUUGGCUGACGGGUGGAAUUUGAGAGAGGCUACGCGUCUUGGACAACCACUGCCAAUCGAUGUAGAGAAGAUUCAUAAGCUCGUCUGCCGUACGACACAAGUCUACACGCGUUUAAAACUUUGGUCUCUAGAGAUGGAAGAAAGGUUAUCGUCACCGAUCGAAGAAUCAUCCUCAACUAAUGACGCACUCUUUCCUAUUGUGUAUGCAUUCAGAACAUACACAGCCGCAGGUCUAUAUGUUAAUUAUUGGGCUUGCAUGAUUAUUUUGCGAAUGAUCUUGCAAACAUGUGGCUGCGUGCCUGAAGACGCCGUCGAUAAUCGAGAAUUUGCUAACAAAAUAUGCAGAAGUGUUGAAUGGAAUUCGCGUGAUGUUUGGGCAGGAUUCCGACUGGGGUUUCCCUUGCGAAUCGCCUUUGAGGCAGCCGAUCCAAACGUCCAAAGGUGGAUCGGAGAAAAGCACGUCAUGCUUUCAAAGACGUAUGCUGCAUCCAGCUUGGAGGGGCUGCCCGAAUAUGGCAUUAUCAAGCAUCUGAAGGACCAGCUAGCGUCAAGUCCUUAAAUCACGAGCAUCAUGCAUUUUUGACCGUGUAUGAAAGCUUUUUUUAAGGUCUAACAAUACUCAAAUAUACAGAACAAUGUGCUUGUCUGUUGCUGUUCCUCAGACAUUGACGUCCUCCUUCAAAGGCUGACUCCCGAUCUCAGAUAACUCGAUCCGUCUGUCCUUUCGGUUUCCGAUGAUGGGCUGUGCAAAUAGCGACGCCGUGAUAAGUAAGAACACAAUGGCGAUUUCCAUGACGAACUCCAACCCGACAGCCAACUUCCAGUCACCAACCGCUGGACUAUACUUUAUACCGCCAAAAUUCCCCAACAUCAUGUACGUGAUGCGAACUGCAUAAAAAGGUACCGCUGCGGCUACGCAGCGAAGCGCAUGUUGUGCUGCUGGUGGCAUGGUGCGAAAGUGGCCCGCCAAAACCAGAUAUAGCAGGAUAGCGAUAAGGAAAGCGAAGAUGGCGAGGAUUAUGCAUGCACCGCUCUUCAUCAGGGUGAUGUUAACGAGGCUGCCGGCGAGCACGAUAAGGACCACAGCGACGAUGAUGGGUAAGCGGAUCCAUUGUAAGAGAAGUUUGAUCAGGUGUGGAUAGUGAGAUGCAUGUCGUUGAUUGAGACCAACAUGGCCACUAAGAUAGCUCGUUAGCUGAAGACGGAAGGAUGGCUGUUUUUCUUGUGGAGUCAACAAACCAUUUCAGAAGCACGAGACUGAACUCGAAGAGUAAAGGUGUGACACCAAUCCCUUGGAGAACAAUCUCCGUAAUAACAAGACCUUUAGCGGC